AUGGCUGUGGUGGGUGUUCCACUUCCCUCAAACCUUUUGCCAACUGAUUCAAGCCCUGAAUGGAUGAGCAAAGCAGAUAAUGCAUGGCAGCUAAUGGCUGCAACACUAGUGGGCAUGCAAAGUGUGCCGGGGCUUAUAAUUUUGUAUGGUGGAGCAGUUAAGAAGAAAUGGGCAGUGAAUUCAGCAUUCAUGUCACUCUAUGCUUUUGCAUGUGUGUUUUUCUGUUGGGUUGUGUGGGGAUAUAGAAUGUCUUUUGGUGAUCAACUUUUUCCCUUUUGGGGAAAGCCUGCUGGGGCACUAGAUGAGGUUUAUCUUUUCAAGCCAGCAUUUCUGGGGCUCUUCCCAAAUGCUACAAUGGUGUAUUUCCAAUGUGUCUUUGCUGCCAUUACUUUAAUUCUCAUUGCUGGGGCUUUGUUGGGGCGCAUGAACUUUUAUGCUUGGAUGAUGUUUGUGCCUUUGUGGCUCACAUUCUCUUACACCUUCACAGCUUUUAGCAUAUGGAGCACUAAUGGUUUUCUAUCCAAAAUGGGGAUAAUCGAUUACUCAGGUGGAUAUGUCAUCCAUUUGUCUUCUGGGGUUGCUGGAUUCACAGCUGCAUUUUGGGUUGGGCCACGCCUAAACAAGGACAGGGAAAGGUUCCCUCCAAACAACAUCCUUCUUAUGUUAGCAGGGGCAGGGCUGUUGUGGAUGGGGUGGACAGGCUUCAACGGGGGAGACCCUUACUCAGUUGGCAUUGAUGCUUCCUUAGCUGUGUUGAAUACUCAUGCUUGCACUGCCACCAGUUUACUCACUUGGGUCAUCCUUGAUGUCAUUUUCUUCCGAAAGCCUUCUGUAAUUGGUGCUGUUCAAGGCAUGAUCACUGGUUUGGUUUGCAUAACCCCUGCAGCAGGGGUUGUGCAAGCAUGGGCAGCACUUAUAAUGGGGAUCUUCUCAGGCUCAAUUCCUUGGGUCACCAUGAUGGUGAUCCACAAGAGAUCGAAGUUGCUGCAGAAGGUUGAUGAUACAAUGGCAGUGUUGCACACUCAUGCCAUUGCAGGAACCUUAGGAGGACUCCUCACUGGACUCUUUGCAGAGCCAAAACUGAACAAAUUGUUCUACGGAAAUUACAAUCAAUACGUUGGUCUAUUUUAUGGCCUCAAUAUGAACAUGACUGGAACCGGGUUCAGGCAAAUGGGAAUCCAAAUCCUUGGGAUUUUCUUUGUUGUCCUUGUUAAUCUUGUAAGCACAAGUUUGAUUUGCCUCUUCAUUCGACUUUUUGUUCCGUUAAGAAUGUCUGAAGAGGACAUGGAAAUAGGUGAUGAGGCUGCUCAUGGUGAAGAAGCAUAUGCAAUCUGGGGUCAGGGUGAUAAGCUUGAAAAUUCAAGCUCAAAGUAUGGAAGUUCAUUAUAUGAUGAUGUUGAGUCAGGGGCCAACAAGAACAAACGUGGUGGCAUGGUUGAGAUGAUGUAA